GGAUUUCGUUCAAACAUUUGUGUUUUGAUUCGUGAUAAACUUGUGACAUUUGUUUGAGACAGACGUCGAGCGAUGACCGCCGCCUCCCGCCCGUCACCUUCGCGGGUGCCUUCCUCGCGGUCCUUGAUGUAUGUGCUGAUGAUAUUCGUCGUGUCUGCCACGUUGCUCUCCAUGACGAUGCUCGACAUCUCGCCAUUCAUGAACGAACAUCUCCCAAAGUACCAUAUCCGCGCCGAGACCGUGGCGUCGACCGGGAUCAAGACCAAGUCGCGCGGCAUCCUCAUCUGCCUGUUCGACGCGAUGAUUCCCAUGACGGUAUCCUUGAUCCAAGAGCUGCGCACUCUCGGAUACACGGACGUGAUCCAGUUGUACCAUUGCAACGGCGAGCUGUCGUCGAUCUCUCAGCGCAUGCUUCAUGACGUCGACUCGAACAUUGAGAUCGUUGACGGGUGUGUGGAGAUGCAGGCCCUCGGCAAGUUGCGACACCAAGACGUCAACGGGUACCGUAGCUUUUGGCUCAAGCCGCUGGCGCUGGUGCACACGCGGCUCGACGAGGUGAUCCUCAUGGACGCAGACGAUUUGGUCUUCCAGAACCCGUCCCGACUCUUUGACGUUCCAGGAUACAAAGACACCGGCACAAUCUUCUUCUACGACCGCGAAAUCCUCAAGCACGAGUACUUAAACGGGAAUUACAACGACCAGACCAAUCUACAUGCUUUGGUGGACACGUUCAACUACGCUGGGGUUGGCUUGACGAAGAAUCCGUCGGCGCAUUUGCUGUCGUCAUUGGCUUGGCAUGGACAUGCCGCCCAUGAACAGGACUCGUCCAUUGUCGUCGUGCACAAGUCCAAGGCCCCUCGAGCGAUGACUGUGCUGUGGACGAUCUUGCAACAUGACCGCCAUCGCAUUGGGUUUAGUUAUGGGGACAAGGAAUUGUUCUGGAUGGCGUACGAACUUGCGCAGGAACCCUACUUUUUCUCGCCGUGGGCCAACACGGGCGCGGAAAAGCCGGGUAAUAUGGCGAACCACCCGGAUACCAUUUGCGGCGGGUUGGCGCAAUUCAUGCCGCUGGUGUCGGGUAAAAGUGAACUGCUUCACAUCAAUGGCGGGUACAUUUUCAACCCGUACUCGAACAACGACAUGCAGUCGAUGACCGAUCCGGACGAACGUGCUAAGCAACUGCUCGACCAAGUGCCGGCGUUCGUGUCCAAGCGGCGGACACGGUCGAAAGCGCUAAAUAAAGCGGAAGAUGACACGGAUCCGCUGGGGUUCUGGCCGCAAGAGUGCCUUGUGAACCGCGGGUCCGAGCCCAUGAGACCUCAGGAUGUCGCCGCCAUUCGCAUCCGGAUAAAAAACGCUGUCGCAGCUGCCGUUACGCAACAACGUUUGCUGCAACAGGCCAGCUAACACGUGCAAACAUGGCCACUCUUACGUGUACUAUAAUUGCCUGGACGACGAUUCAGACUAACUAGUAAUAACGUUAUAAUCGAAUAUACUAGUUCC